CAUACGAGUAGUGGACUUGCAAAAGUCUAGCAAAAGUUAAGGUCACUGCACAAUUGUGGAGAUGGAGAGAUACAUUGAGCAAUGCACUGCAAAAGAGAGAAUGAAACCUUCUUGAUGUAUAUAAAUAUCAGAAGCUGCACCUCUAGCAUCUAUCACUAAAAGCAAAAAAGAGAGGCAUUUCAAACAGCGUCUUAAAAAGGGCAAUGGCGAAUUCCCUCCCAUGGUGGUAUGAUUGUGCUGCCCUCCUUCUAGCACUAUUUGUUGCCUCUUUGUUGCACCGAUACAAGAGUGCCAAGCGCAUGAACCUCGCGCCUGGUCCGUUUCCGUUGCCGGUGAUCGGGAACUUCCACCAGUUAGUAAGUAGGCUGCCCCAUCGAGCUCUAGAGGACCUGUCAUUGAAGUAUGGGCCCAUAAUGUUUUUGAAGUUUGGCCAAGUCCCGACCCUUGUGAUCUCUUCUCCGGAGAUGGCCAAAGAGGUGUUAAAAACUGACGAACUCUCUUUCGCCCAACGCCCACUCUUUUGCAAUGGAAAAUAUUUUUUUAAUGGUGGCAAAGACCUCGGUCUAUCACCGUACGGCAUGUUCUGGAGGCAGCUAAGGAAAAUGUGUGUGCUUGAAUUAUUCAGCAACAAGAGGGCGCGAGAGAUUCAGAGAGUGAGGGAGGAUGAAGUUGCCAUCCUAAUUAGAUCGAUUGCCUCCUCAACUGGGCCGGUGAACCUCUAUGGCUUGUUGCUUUCUUUAACUAACAAUGUCCUAUGCAGAGCAGUAAUUGGGGAUGAGUUCUCGGAGCGCAGGGAGCAUGGUGGUUUUAGGCUUGCGGAAAUGCUGGACGAGUUGCAGGACAUCCUUGGUGAGUCGAACAUUGCAGACGUUUUCCCAUCUAUCGAAUGGAUCAAUGUCUUCACUCUUCAGUACUGGCGAACUAGGAAUUUGUUCCAUCUAAUGGACUCUUUCCUUGAUUCUGUAAUUGAGGAGCAUCUUGGGCCGACUCAUGGUAGAAUUCGCAUGGACUUUCUCGACACUCUGCUCCAGAUUAAGGAACGCGGAGACAUGGAAUUCCCACUUACUCAAGGCAUUAUCAAGGUUCUCAUUCUGGAUAUGUUUGCUGCGGGAACCGAUUCAUCAUUAGUCACUUUGACAUGGGCCAUGUUCGAACUCAUCAAGAAUCCGAGAAUUAUGGAGAAAGCUCAAGAAGAAGUUCGAAAUGUCGUUGGCCAGAAACAAUCGGUAGAAGAGAGCGACCUACCUAAAUUGACCUACCUCAAAUGCAUAAUAAAGGAAACCUUUAGGCUACAUCCAACUGUACCGAUUAUCGCUCGAGAAUCAAUUGAGGAAUGCCUAAUUGGUGGGUACCAUGUGCCUCCUAAAACAAGGUUACUGGUGAACACAUGGGCAAUAGGAAGGAACGAGAAGAUCUGGGAAAACGUCAACAUCUUCGAACCAGAACGAUUUGAUGGUAGUAACAUCGACUUUAGGGGACACAAUUUCGAACUCAUCCCAUUUGGUUCGGGGCGAAGAGGAUGCCCUGGUAUAUCAUUUGCAAUGGCUACUGUUGAACUGGUUCUAGCACAGCUCCUAUUUUUCUUUGAUUGGGAACUCCCAAAUGGCGCCAAACGAGAGAAUCUUGAUAUGAUGGAGCGGAGUGCGUGCCUCAUGUUGAGAAAAUCUGAUUUGAAUUUAGUUGCAAAGCCUCAUUAUCCCAUCCCUUCCUCCAUUGCCAUUACUAAACCUGCUGCGGCCUAAGCAUGAUCUAACUUCUAUGUAUCUCUUGAGAAUUUUAUUGUCAUAUUAAGCCUCUGUUAUUCUUCUUUCACUUGGGAUUGAGUAGAAAAUGUAUUGAGGGUAUCAUGCAAUCUUUUGCAUGGUUUAGCCCAUAAAGAUAAGGGUACAUUAUAAGAAAGUAAAUCAUACGGUACUAAAUUUAC